CACUUGAGUAAAAAAAAUCUACUCUGUUUUUCUGAAUUAACGUGUUAAUUAUCUCAGAAUUACGAGAUAAUUUUUCAUGGAAAAAAAGUUUUUGCUCUGUUUUUCUGAAUUAACGUGUUAAUUAUCUCAGAAUUACGAGAUAAUUUUUCAUGGGAAAAAAAGUUUUUGCUCUGUUUUUCUGAAUUAACGAGUUAAUUAUCUCAAAAUUACGAGAUAAUUUUUCAUGGAAAAAAAUAUUUUGCUCUGUUUUUCUGAAAUAACGAGAUCACUCAAAAUCCUGCCAGGAGCUCUAUUUUAGCUGGAUUGCAUGGAAGUAAACAUGUCCCGCCUUUCAAAUUUAAUCCGGUUUUAUUUUACUUUGGGUUUGAGACAUUGGGAGAUACUGCUGUCUUUAAGUAAUAUAAAUGGUAUUGUUAUUAGUGUGUCAACUUUGCGCAGACACCUCAAGACUUUGCGCCUGUUCAGACGAAAAGAACAUUCUGAUCUGCUUGACAUUGCUAUGUUUCUCCAGGAUCAGUUAAACCAAUAUGGUAUGCUUCACGGAUAUAAAAUGAUGCAUCUGAAAUGCAUUCAGGCUGGCUACGUGGUGACACAAGAGACAAUCAGGCAAUUGUUGAAAAUACUGGAUCCCCAUGGAGUGCAUCUGAGGCGCCGGAAUCGUCUUCGGCGACGUUUGUAUCAUAAUCCAGGCCCGAACUUUUUAUGGCAUGUUGAUUCUUAUGAUAAACUCAAACCAUAUGGGAUCUGCAUCAAUGGCGCAAUCGACGGGUUUUCACGAAUGAUGAUAUGGCUACAUGCAUACUCUACAAGUAGUGAUCCCAAGGUCAUCGCUGGAUACUUUAUUGAUGCGGUGUUAUCCAGGAAUGGGACAGCCACCCGAAUUCGCUCAGACUUAGGUACAGAGAACUGUUACAUGGAACAGAUGCAGAUGUUCAUGAGACAUGAUCAUACGGACGACUUUUCGAGAAAUUGCUAUUUGUAUGGCUCAAGCAAUCAUAACCAACGGAUAGAGCAUUGGUGGGGAUUUUUGAGGAAGCAGCAUGCACAGUUCUGGAUCAACCUAUUUCAAGAUCUAAAAGAUUCUGACGACUUCUCCGGUGACUUCCUAGACAAAAGUCUAAUACAGUUCACAUGUCUUGAAAUAAUAGAGAGAGAACUGCAAGAUGUUGUUCACCUCUGGAACACUCACAGAAUUCGCCCAUCCAGAAAUGCUGUGUCUCCAAGUGGACGUCCAGUGAUGAUGUACACCCUACCCCAACUUUUUGGUGCUAGGGAGUACCUUAAAGAGGUAUCCCAACAGAAGAUACAGGCUUGUAGGGAGGAAUGUCGUGAGAGAGGACCAUAUCCCUGUGAUAAUACAGUGUUUGACAUUUGUUGCCUUGCCAUGGCAGAAAACAGUCUUCAUCCACCAACCUCUCCAGAGGAAGCCAUUGAUCUUUACAUGUUCUUACGUGCUUACAUACGCACCCAAAUUUAAUAAUCACAAGUUGUGCUACUGGAUCAAAUGACUGAAUGUGAGCAACCCACUCAUAGCCAAAAAACAACAGAAUUGCAGUUUGAACAGAAAAGGUUAUAUACCAUGAUAUUCACUGUAAAUGUUUGACAGAAGAUCUGUGUUUAAGCAAUCAAUAAUAGACAAUUCUUUCAUAAUUGACUUCUCCCAACUGAGCUCCCUAUCAUCUCUUUUUUUUAAUCAUUAUGUUAAAAGUACUUCUCAACCACAGAACUGUAACAAUCAUGUACCUGCAAAUGAAAGGUAUCACAUGUUGCCAUGAUCAAAAGUUGCACAUUUGUCCUUAUGGUGGAACUAUUUUUUUAUCACCAGAUGUGGUCUGACACACAUUGGGCUCAUUGUAACAGGGCAACCUACAUGAUGUUUGAAUGGCCUUUAAAGGUGCAGUGUGUAAUUUUUAGAAGGAUCUCUUGACAGAAAUGCAAAAUAAUAUACAAAACUAAAUGAUCAUGGGGUGUAUAAAGACCUUUCAUAAUGAACCGUUAUAUGUUUAUUGCCUUAGAAUGAGAUGUUUUUAUAUACAUACACAGAGGGUCUCCUUACAUGGAAGCCGCCAUUUUGUGCAGCCAUGUUUCUACAGAAGCCCUUAACAGAAAAAUUUUUUUACUAAGUUGUCUCCAACGAUGACAUAUUUGUCCGGUGGGGGCUACCAUAGCUUCUCUAUGUGUUUCAAAAGCAAGAAGUGAGCAGUGGACUGAGCCGUUGGUUGCAAUUCUCAACCUCACCACUAGAUGCCGCUAAAAUUUGCACACUGCACCUUUAAAUCAAACAUAUUAUUGUAUGUUGUUAUCAUGUCUCUCUGGGCUGCACAUAAAGCACUUUUUUACACAAUUAUUUGGCAUCAUAUAAAUACAUGCUAAACCAGUGCAGUGCACCAUUUUUUCUCCCCAGUGUAAUUUACUGUGUAUGUAGGAAAUAGGCCUAUUUGGUAAUGUAGAGAUGACUGUUUAAAUAUGUUAUCUAAAGAAUGCUGGUGAAUGCAGGAACUGCAGUGGAGUUGUCAAAAAUUGUACUGUGUGAGACAAGAUCCAUGUGUGUUAUCUGCAGUGAAGACCCGAUUUGUUUGAAAACAUCUGUAGAAAACAAGAGAGAAACCUGUGCUUUUAUUUGUAAAAAGCAGAACAGUGCUGUAUGUUAGAACAGAUUUGCAAACACUGCCAAGUGCCAAUAUUAAGAUUUAACAUGCAAACAGGGCAACGUAAUUGGCAAUUGAAUGGUCCUGUAUCAUUAUCAAUAAAUCAAUUUGAUUAUUGUAA